UAUUAAUUAAUAUUAUAAUAAAAUUCUAUGGAGUACUAAUUUUCGAAAUACUAUUAUACAUCAAUAAAUCAUUUCCUCCUGCACAAGUUAAACACCAUAUUUCUUGUUCGUCGCGAAAACUCUUCACUCUGGGCUUCGUCUCUGAAAUCUCUAUCUCGGAUCUCCACCUACAUACUAAACCAUGGUGCUAGAGGCGACUAUGAUAUGCAUUGACAAUUCAGAGUGGAUGCGCAAUGGUGAUUACUCGCCUAAUAGAUUUCAAGCUCUUUCUGACGCUGUCAAUCUCAUUUGCGGCGCUAAGACUCAGUCUAAUCCGGAGAAUACUGUGGGGAUUUUAACUAUGGCCGGAAAGGGUGUUCGUGUUUUAGUUACUCCGACUAGUGACCUUGGAAAGAUAUUGGCUUGUAUGCAUGGCUUAGAAAUAGGUGGUGAAAUGAACUUGGCUGCUGGAAUUCAGGUUGCACAGUUGGCUCUUAAGCAUCGUCAAAACAAGAAACAACAACAAAGAAUCAUUGUGUUUGCUGGAAGUCCUGUUAAAUAUGAUAAAAAAGUGUUGGAAAUGAUUGGAAGGAAGUUAAAAAAGAAUAGUGUGGCACUUGAUGUUGUUGAUUUUGGUGAAGACGAGGAAGGCAAGUCAGAGAAACUUGAGGCCUUGGUUGCUGCUGUAAAUAAUAAUGAAACCAGCCAUAUUGUCCGUGUGCCUCCAGGUGCCAAUGCCCUAUCUGAUGUGCUGAUUAGUACUCCAAUAUUUACUGGAGAUGGGGAAGGAGGAAGUGGAUUUGCUGCAGCAGCAGCAGCAGCUGCAGCUGGUGGAGUUUCUGGGUUUGACUUUGGUGUGGAUCCAAAUUUGGAUCCUGAGUUGGCUCUUGCUCUUAGAGUCUCAAUGGAAGAAGAGAGGGCUAGACAAGAAGCGGCUGCAAAAAGGGCUGCAGAAGAAGCAUCUAGACAGGAUAAAGGAGGGGAACAAUCAGGCUCUCAAGAUGCCACUAUGGGAGAAAGUAACAAUGCUGCAAGCUCAGAAGCUGAUAAGAGAAAUGACAUGACAGAGGAUGAUGAUGCCCUGCUGCAGCAGGCAUUGGCAAUGUCAAUGGAUGAUCCUGCCUCCAGUGUGGUGGUGCGAGAUAUAGAUAUGUCGGAUGCAGCUGAUGACCAGGACUUGCAACUUGCUCUGCAGCUCUCUAAGGAGGAAGGUGCAAAAGAGUCCACAAGUCAGUCAAGUCAGACUGAUAUGAGUAAAUUGUUGGCAGACGAGUCCUUUGUUUCAUCUAUUCUUGCUUCGCUUCCUGGAGUCGACCCAAAUGAUCCAUCCGUGAAGGAUUUGCUGGCUACCAUGCAGAGUCAGUCUGAGAAGAAAGAUGAAGACAAGCCAUCGAGCGAGGAGGAGAAGAAAUGAUGCAGAUUACCAGGUCCUUUCGUACGGCCCUAUCUGUAAAGGUCGCGGUUAGGCACUAAAGAGAAUCAAUCCCUUCGACAACGUUUAGUUCCAUGGACAAACUGAUUCCCUUCAAUGUAUUGUUAAAUGAAAUUUGGAAAUUUUCAUUGAAAUAUUUUGUUUGUUAUCUUGGGUUGGUUUUAGCAUCUCAUAUUUCACCCAUACUGUCAUAUUGAUGUGAUCGUGUAGAGACUUUCUUUCUACUGGUUUCUGAAUCAUAUAUUACUACUAUAUGGGAAAUGGGAAUCUAGCACUUUGCUGUUGUCUCCUAA